UGGUAACAAAUUUCGUUUGUUGAAUUAUAUUCAAUUCUAUACCGAUAUUGAAACUGUAUUUGUAGAAAGCACUGAAUGUGAAGCAAUUGAAUCGUAUCUAUGCAAUUGGAACAAUGCUUUCAGCGCAAAGAAAUACUUUAUCAGUGCUAAUUGCUCUAGAUAUGAUUAUUUUCUUUUCUAACGGUGCUAAUGAUGACAAUUACGUGACAAUAUAUGAACCAUUACCGGGCGAAAUUCCGUUUUUAAUCUCCCUGAUGUCCAAGUUAGAAGAAGAAUUCUACUGUAUAGGGGUUCUGAUUACUCGAUGGCACUCGAUGACCUCUUGCAGUUGCUUAACGUCUCCGACACAAGCCAGCAGACAAAGCAGGUUAAAUUUGGACGAUUUGAUUAUUGUCGCUGGGAUCACAACCCUUAGAAAUGCCAAAAGAAAAGGAGUGACCAGAAAAGUCAAAUUAUUGAUAGUACAUCCAGGCUGCGAAAAAUAUGGAAAUUUCAUCAAGUACGACCUCGGAAUUGCUAUUUCGGAAACCCCAUUUGAUCUUGGGAAAUUUGUGCACACUGCCAAAUUGCCAUUUAGAGUUGAGUCCGACAAACCUUACCGUUUCAAACAAAUGUUGUUUGCGAACUAUUCAGUACAUCACAGAACACAGUUAGCGACGUCCCUUAUUUCUUGGUCUGGAGAAAAUGAAGAUAACCAAAAACUGAAGAUCGUUCGUUUGGUCGUUCUAAAUUCUAUUGAAAGUGGAUAUUUCCGUAUUCACAAAGACCAGAGAGACAAAGACCAGACACAAUACACCCUUGUCAGUUUUAAAUCACCAUUUUGCCCAAAUUUUGACGAAGCUGCAUUAUUUUCCGACGGGCAAGUAUUUUUUGGCGUCGUUACUGGCCUAAAAAGUCGGCUUUGUAAUCACAGUGAAAUUCUUUUCACUAGAGCAGACUACGUAUUGGAAUGGAUAGUGCAUGUUAUAAGCAAAGGAAAUAUCGCUCUCAUCCAGAGAAUCACACUCGAUACUGUGGGAGAUUUCUCCAGUCUGCAGUCCAGGGAUGGUGAGGUGCAAUUUGGUCUUUACCCAUCAUUUUGGUAUACAUAUCCUCGCUGGCUUGGUUUGCCAGGCGAGUUUCGGCCUUCGUCCAUCUACAUUGCCGAGUUUAAGUGA